CAGGGUAGGGGGGGGGGGUCAUUAUCCCCAUGAGGGCGGAGCAAAAGGGGAGGUGAAGGCAACGGAUGAAACAUUUGAAGCUCAUAUUGACAUGCAGCACUGAAGGCUCCUGUGAGUCCAGUCAUGGAUGGUGUGUUGGAAGGAGCGACAGUGUUGUGUGUGUGUAAACUGGCCUGCAGUCUCCUGUUCCUGCCGUCCUUGGCUGCCUCCUACAGUCUCGUCAGCUUCUGCUGCUGCUGCCUCCUGGUCUUCACCGAUUUCCUGGUCACAGUUUUUCUGAGUUUCCUUCACAUAUUUGAAUCCUGGCUGACUGAGCUGGCCCCGCUCGGUGAUGUCAUUGCCCUGCGCUUCCUGCUCUUUCUGAGCCACACAUAUGGUACCGUGUUGCUCCUGACCACACCUCUGAUUGCUGUGGAGACUCUGACCAGACUGCUGUGGCCUCACUCUGUCAUCGCUCAAAGAACAGCGAGUCAAAGACUGGGCUCUGAUGGACAACAUUGUUAUGCCGGGGAGGCAACUGUGGAAGAGCAGGGGGAGAGCAAAGACAACAAAGACAGAGAAAAGACACUGUCUCAUGCUGUCAGUUACCUCUGCUGCCUGUCAGUGUGGGUCGUCGUCGCCCUCAAUGUCAGGUGGCGAUGGAAGCGGGAGGAAGUGUGGGCUGCUGCCUGUUUGCACACAACCAACUCUCUCAUCAGAUGUUUGCCCAACCUGUUCAGCCCCAUGCCCAGCACUGUGAAUCCUUGCUGGGGCAUGGCCUUCCUCUCCUUCCUCCUGCUCCUCCUGACCACGAGCAUGGGCCUGCAUAGACGACACCGGGCCCCUGCGCAGACAACAAGAACACACAGAGAGAAACAUGGCGUUAACAAUAACUGCGACAGUUGCUUGGAAGACCUUGUUCCAGCACUGUCUCCUGCACCUUCCAAGUCUGUGAACCCUGGGAUGUCAGAGUCAGAGCCAGCACAGUGUGUUGACCCAGAGAAAACAGAGAGCAGCUGCACUGUUCACAGAGCGUAUUCCUGGAACAGGGUGCAGAUGUCGGAGCAUCACCAUGGAGACUUUGUCCUCAUCUCCCCCGAGUGCUUGUCUGUGGAGAGAGGAGGACAGGAGCAGGAGAGGACAAAGAGAGGUGUACCUCUGACAUUUAUAACGGAGGACCAUGUAGGCUCACAAUACAGGAGCCAAACUGGGUGGCGACACUGGGGCUUUCCCCGCCCAGGGGUGAAUGUAAUGAUAGGGUUCGUGAGUGUGCUCUUCAUCUUUGUGCUGCCUCUAAACCUCAGUGUGAACAUACUUCUGAUCAGGACUAUAGAGGCUCUGCUGGAGCUGUGCAUCAAAUCUUUAAUUCCAACCGCAGCCAUCACCAGUUACACAUCCACCUCUCACAAUGAAAGGCUUGUUUAAGACAAGACUAGUGAGAAGGAAAAUAGGAUGCUGAUUGGAGGCUGUUUGCAACAGGAUCAUCAGAUUGUUGUUGCACGUAUGGAGACAGCACAUCUGCUUGUCAACACUGGUUCUUAUACAAUGUAAAUAAGCAUUUCUGAGCAGCCAUUUUUGUGGGAGGAGUAAUAUGUGGAAACUGCUGAAAGGUGCUGAGGAGGCAGGUUGAGGCGUGCUCCGCAGAAAGACUCUAAACCAGACUGAAACAGACGUCUGGAAGGUCUUAUUGUAUUGUUUAGAGCCUUAAGAUCUGCAGCGAUUUGUCAUUACACAAUGGGUUAUAGAACGAACAUUUCAAACGUCAAUAAGACUAAUCCAGGGGCAAACAGUGUUUUGAAAGUAGUAAUAUGAAGUGUGCUGACGCUGCAUCUCAUAAACCUUGCAUAAAGCAAUGUAUAAAUAAAUACUGAGUGACUUGAGGGUGUAACACA